AAUGAGCAACUUCUAAGAGGGCGUUUUGGGCUCUCACCAGUGAAAAUACCCUUCUUCAAUAAAUUCGUCCGGUGGCACAUUAUACCUUCAAAAAACCCAGCUGAAUCUCUGUUGCAUGCUUAACACAGGCAAAACAACGAAGGAGCAGAAAAACCCACAAUUAUGUACGGGGGAGACGAAGUUUCGGCUGUAGUGGUAGACUUGGGUUCGAAUACCUGCAAAGCUGGUUAUGCCGGUGAAGAUGCGCCGAAAGCUGUUUUUCCAUCUGUUGUCGGAUCAAUUGACCAAAUGGAAGUUGAUCCUGAUAUUCCUGACAAGUAUUCUGAAUCUGCCCCAGAUACCAAAUCCAAAGGUAAGGGCAAAUUUUAUGUAGGAUCUCAAGACUUGGGAAUCCGCCGUGAUCAUAUGCAGGUGCUGUCACCUAUCAAGGAUGGAAUAGUUGUAGACUGGGAUAUGGUUGAAAGCAUAUGGGACCAUGCAUUGAGGCAAUGCCUGUUAAUUGAUCCAAAAGAGCAUCCCAUGCUACUUGCCGAGCCAUGUUCCAAUACCCAACAACAGCGAGAAAAAACUGCAGAGAUUAUGUUUGAAAAAUACCAAGUUCCUGCAUUAUUUUUGGCCAAAAAUGCUGUCCUCACAUCUUUUGCAUCAGGCCGUGCAACCUCUUUAGUCGUUGACAGUGGUGGAGGGUCAACUACCGUGACUCCGGUCCAUGAUGGAUAUGUUCUUCAGAAGGCUGUGGCAACAUCUCCCAUCGGGGGUGAAUUUCUUACAGAUUGCUUGUUGAAAAGCUUGGAACACAAAAGCAUUUCCAUAAAACCUCGACAUGCAUUUACACGGAAGGAAAUUCGCCCUGGAGAAUUCCUGACAGUGGACCUUGACUUUCCAAAUACAACUGAAAGUUACAAACUCUAUUCCCAGAGGAUGAUUGCUAGUGAUAUAAAAGAAUGCGUUUGUCGAGCACCAGAUACUCCAUAUGAUGAGAGUUCGUAUUCUAAUAUCCCAAUGACAUCUUAUGAGCUUCCUGAUGGACAGACAAUAGAAAUCGGAGCUGACAGAUUUAAGAUUCCUGAUAUUCUAUUCAAUCCAUCAUUAGUUCAGAGCAUUCCUGGCAUGGAAACUUAUGCAGAGACUACUUCAUCAGUUCGUGGUUUGCCACAAAUGGUUAUCGAGAGCAUUAACAAGUGUGACGUUGACAUACGGAGAGAACUAUUUAGCAGCAUAUUGCUUGCUGGUGGCACGGCAUCAAUGCAGCAAUUGAAAGAACGUCUGGAGAAAGAUUUACUUGAGGAAUCUCCUCAAGCAGCAAGAGUUAAAGUGCUGGCAAGCGGAAAUGCUACUGAAAGGAGAUUCAGUGUUUGGAUUGGAGGGAGUAUAUUGGCAUCACUUGGUUCUUUUCAGCAAAUGUGGUUCUCAAAGUCUGAGUUCGAGGAACAUGGAGCUCCGUAUAUUCAAAGGAAAUGCCCAUAGUGUGCUGUAGUUUCGUGAAUUUCCAACAGGGUCUUGGAUGGUUAUUAUUAGUUUGGUUUUGCAUCUGUACUAAUCACAUUCAUUAGCUGUUGAAUCCUGGAGGAUGGGUUGAUGACUUGGGUCUCCCUUUUGAGAGGUUCCUGUGGGGAUUUGUUGUCACUUUUAAUGUAGCAUAACCUUAUCAUUAUUUGAAGAAGUGGGGUUCUGGAUACUUGGCACACCACACCAAUGUUAUUUCCUUCAUUGAAAACGGAUGGCCAUUUCAAAAUGCUCCAA